AGCUCAACUCGUUUCAGAUCAGCGACCAAUCGGUCAUUUAGAGACAGGCAUGCAUUCUACGGCAGGGAUGCCUUUUUCGGCAUAACACCAGAACAGGACUGUAAUAGGCAGCCAACGAGCACCACGCCGCACGGAAACACAGGGAGGUCAGACGCCCGACCGAUUAAGAAGUUGGACAAAGGAGGCUUUUCUUGGGACUGACCUGCAUUCCAACGAAUCAAAGCUAAUUGAUGUCACAAGCCCCUACAUUAAGAAAAGUGAAGCAGCUCAUAGCAUUUUCUCAUGGCUUUGAGCACUGAUGUGAAGUUCUCUGGAGCACGGAUGGUGCUGGCGAAAUAGAACUAAGACUUUUAUUUUCUAUCACUUCUGAACAGUAUUUGGACUUGUGAAAAUGAAGGUUUAUGACCAUAUAUUUUUGCCGAUUUUUGUAUUGGGCUUUAUUUUAUUUUGCGCGGGGACCACAUUUAACGAAGAACUGAACAGGGAGAAACCAUUCAGGCAUAUAUCUACGGGUGGGGGGGUGAUAGAUGUUCCUGAUGGAAGCAAGAUGGAUCUGAGGGAGAAGAGGGCUGCUUCAGUUGAUGCCUGGGACUUUGAGUGCCAUGCACAUGCCCCCAAAACAGAGGGGCCCAAGGUCCAGACCAGCUAUGGAGCCAUGCAAGGUCUCAUCACAGACAUGGUGUACAUAUUCUACGGGAUCCCCUACGCUGAUCCUCCUGUUGGUGCGCUCCGUUGGAAGCCCCCGAGCACGGUGACCUCCUGGAAGGGAGUGUACGACGCCACCUUCCCCAGAGCUGCCUGCAUGCAGUCUUGUGUUGAUCCUUGUGCUACUAAGGUAAGCGAGGACUGCCUGUACCUCAACAUCUUUGUGCCUUUAAAUGUUAACUUUUCGACGCCCCCGUCCGAACCCAUGCCUGUCAUGGUCUGGAUCCACGGCGGGGAUUUUGUUGCCGGAAGUGCCUCCAACACGCUGUACGAUGGCAGGUUCAUUAGCAACUUCACCCACACGGUGGUGGUGAGCGUGGAGUAUCGCUUAGGAGCUUUUGGAUUCCUCGUUUCCGGCAAAGACCCCAAAACAGCAGCUGUGGGAAACUUUGGGAUCUUGGAUCAACAGGCAGCCCUGCUCUGGGUCCAGCAGAACAUCGCUGUCUUUGGGGGUGACCCCAACAAGGUGACCAUCUUCGGGGAGAGUGCUGGAGCUCAGUCCGUUAGCCUGCACCUGAUGUUGCAGAACAGCCAGCCCCUGUUCCAGCAGGCCGUGAUACAGAGCCUCCCCUUCACCAUGCCCUUGAAGAGCAGACAUGAGGCUUUGUGGCUGGGGAAGGAGUUUGCCAAGGUGGCAAACUGCUCCAUCAAUGACAUUGCCUGCCUGCUGUGUCUCAGUCCCCAGGCGGUGUUAACAGCCCAGAUGAUAGCAGGCUCUAAUAUGGUCAACCCAUUCCACUUACUGGAGAUGUUUCAGACAUGGGGGCCCUUCAUUGACGGCGUGCUGAUCAAGGAGCAGCCCAUCACGGCCUUCCAGAGGGGCGACUGGCAGAAAGAAAAGCCCCUGCUCCUCGGGACCACAUCGGAGGAGGGGGUGGUAUUCAUAUACGGGGUCUUCAACUACCACGUGUCGCAGGUGGAGUCUGUCUUCUACACCACCGCCAUCUUCAAGCAGCACACCCUGAAGAUCCUGCAGAAGUACAUGCCACUGUACAAGGACACGGACCUGAGGGUCAUGAUGUCGCAGAUCGUGACCGAUUAUAUGUUCCUGUGCCCUUCCCGCAAGUCGGCCCGCGACAGUGCCCAGAUGGGCAGCGCUGUGUGGAUGUACGUCUUCGACCACGUGAUCAGCGACCACCGCGUCUGGGACGGCCUGGCCUUCUGCUUCGAGCACGUCUGCCACAGUGCUGAGGUGCCCUUCCUGUUUGACUCCGGGCCCGUGGCAAACUUCACUCUCUCGCCGGCUGAGGAGCUGCUCGCAGGCAGCAUCCUGUGCUACUGGGGCACUUUCGCACAUGGAGGCGAUCCCACCUCCCCGGUCGCCCAAAGCGCCUUUUGCCAACGCCAGAGCCCACCCCCUUGGCCGCAGUACACGGAUGCAAACAAUUGGCUAGUGAUGAACCUCACUUUGAGCAGUCACGCCCAGACAAGCUCCCGGGACCACAUCUGUGACUUCUGGGACAAGCUUCACAUUUACUAGGGCACGUGUCUGACCUCUCAACUGGUUAACUAAUUCAUCACACUACACAUCUUAAUGCAUCAUAAUUAAAUUUUAAUGUGAUGUCAUCUCUAUCUGAACGCAAUGUGAAAGGCCUUCUCCUGAACGCUGUAACUGCCUUGUUAAGUACGGCUGCUUUGAUUUAAAUUUUUGUUUGAUUCAGCCAUCAUAUUUGCAUUAAUGAAUCCCCAACUCCUGCGUUCUGCGACCAUGCCUGUGAUGUGCUUGCAUUACUUUCCUAAUGUCCGCUAGAUUCAUGCUAUGCAGCAGCCAAUCAGCUGGCUGUCUCAGCGCUCGAGUUUCCUUUUAUGGCUGUGGGCUCACGGUCACAUGGCCCUUUGCCCCACCAGAGCCCCUGUCUGUAAACAUUUUGACCUUCACGCAUGCAGCCAGUUGUGGAAUGACUGAUAUGCAUUUAUGUGUUACUAUCAGAAAUGGCCUCCUUCUUGUCCCUGAAAUCUACUUGGGUUAAUAAAGCUGAGAUGGAUCUGACAGAA